AUUUUUUUUUAUUUAGAUGAGUGUUGUGCAAUAUUAGAGAUUAGGAAGUUACGAUUUAUACGCGCGUUCAAAAAUCAUGGUGUUGCAUACAUUGGAAUUCUCCGACUGUUUUCUUGACUCGCCAUUCUUUAGGAAAAGUAUACAAGAGUACGAAGACGAACUUGAAAGAACAAAUUCACAGAUCAAGCAACUUAUAAAGGAUGCUAAGAAUAUGCUGAAUGCCUCACGACAACAGGGAAAAAUGAUGAAUGUUUUUAAUGACCGACUCCAGAACUUCCAGUUUGAUUGCAUCGGCGAAAAUUUAACUGAUACAGAAAAAGGAAUAGCUGGAUCUUUAAAGGAGUUUGGUUUAAUGCUUGAGGAGGUGGCUAAUGAUUGGUCAAGCACAAUUGAACGAUCUGAACUACAACUUAUUAAACCCUUAGAAGAUUUCAGGAAAGAACACAUCCACAGCUACAGAAGUUCAAAAAAAGCUUUUGAUAAAGCAAGUGAAAGAUAUUACAAACAACUGGAACAAACCCUUGCCCUGUCACACAAGAAAAAGUGUCAGCAACUUCAAGAGUCUGACAAUGAGUUGUUUACCCACAAGAAAACUUUCCACAAGGAAGCUUUGAACUAUGUCUACAAACUGCAGGAGGUGCAAGAAAGAAAGAAGUUUGAAUUUGUGGAACAUUUGCUUAUGUUUAUGCAGGUAUAUUUCAACUUCUUCCAUCAAAGCCAUGAAACGGCAAACGACUGCAAGGAUUACAUGAAAGAGUUACAGAUUCGACUCGUUUCCACUCGAGCGCAAUAUGAUGGGACUCGGGAAAAGACGAAAACACUGAUGAGGAAGAUGUCAGAUCAUCCAGAUACUGCUGAGGAGUCAGCUGGAAGCGGGGUGCAGUGGACCAAGGCAGGAUACCUUUUUCUUAACGAGAAAAAUCCUAUCAGUUCAAGGUUCACUUCCAAAUGGACAAAAUACUUCUGUAUGUACACCAAAGAAGCCAAGUUGUUUCAAAUGCUUACCCCCUACCAUCACCCUACUUCUGCCAUUCCAUCACUAAAUCAAGCUCCAGCUGUGGGGUUCGCUGAACCAGUUAUUGUGAAGACUUGUACCAGGAGGAUAACCGACUCCAUUGAUAAAAGAUUCUGCUUUGACUUGGAAGUGGAGGAUCAAUCCGGGAAACAAUCACUCCUCACUUUCCAAGCAGUCUCGGAUGUGGAUCGUAAGAAGUGGAUGUCAGUGAUGGAUGGGAGGGAGCCCGAGUACAUCAAGACUAAACAUGAUUUUAAGAAGAAGGAAGGCCAGUUUAAACUGGAUGAAACCGGUUUUAAGUUUGUGGAGCAUGUGAUUGCUGAGAUAGAGAGGCGUGGGGUAGAACAUGAAGGAAUAUAUCGACUUGUGGGGGUUUUGUCGAAAGUUGACUUGCUUCUUAACCAAGCUGUUAGCCCUGCUACUUGUGACAGUGUGGAAUACAGCAACGACAGUGAGUGGGAAAUAAAUACCCUCACGAGUGCGCUAAAGAGCUGCUUCCGGAAUCUUCCAGAACCCAUCAUGACGUUUGAACUUCAUCGAGAUUUUAUCAACGCAGCAAAAUUAAACAAUCCUGAUGAUAGGGUUACUAAAGUAAAAGAAUUGAUCCACAAACUCCCGAAAGCGAACCAGCGCGUCCUCUCCCUCCUUGCUCCUCAUCUUCGUAAAGUCCAAUCGCAUCAUUUGGUCAACAAGAUGACGGUCCAAAACCUUGGAGUUUGUUUCGGACCAACAUUGAUGCGGGAAAGAGAGGAAACUGUUCAAUCGAUCAUGGAGAUCAAGUUUUCCAACAUCAUCGUUGAGAUCAUCAUCGAGUUUAUGUUCCUGGAGGAAGAUGAGGAAGUAUUCAGCGACACGGAUGCGGAAAAGUCCUCCACACCUCACACACCAAACCCUAGGAUAUCAAGACUUCCAUCACAGAGAUUACGACAACGACCUCGUCCCAUCUACGAAUACGCAUCAGUACCCGGGAUCUUAGAAGAGGAUGGAGCAUCCACAGAGAGUGAUGGUUCUUCCAGAUUCAAGAGAUCCCAAGCGUUCCGGAGCCAGAAUCGAACUCCAAGUCCCAACAUCACUACAAAAUACAGAAACGAAAGAGAUAAACUAGAUCAUACUCCGGAUCACAGUUUAUCCUCUUCCGAUGAGGAUGAUGACUUUGGAGAGAGAUCUCCUCUCGAUAUGAAACUCAACAUUGAAGAUAUGACUCCUAGCUCCGAGAAGACUUUUGUCUCCGGAGUUAAAGAAGAAGUUAAGGAUGAUCCUGAAGGAUCAGAUAGUGAGAUCAAACCAACAUCCGGAAAGAGCAAAGAUAAUCUUACGGUUAAAGAGACAUGGACUCCUAAAGGAGGAUUGAAACCGAAAGAACGACCUAAAAUAACCCCUCGUUCCCCGCGCUUGCGUGGAGCAGUGACCCAUAGUGAACCCAAAGAGUCAAAUUUAACCCCGAGUUACCCUGAUGCGGAGAACAGCAUCACUCGUCGCGAAACUGGGAAGAAAACAGGCGCCGCUAAGCAACGGGUGACGUCAUUGCUACGUCGGAAACCUGUUUCAGCCGACGACCAAGUUGUGUAUGCGAAGGUUGAUAAGACUCGCAACCACAAUAGCAACAACAACAAUGUGUCGAAAACUGUGUCCAUCGCUCAGAGGAAAAUGAAGCUGAUGGCUACAGCUGUUACUGCAGGGUUGCCACAUAAGACGACAAGGAAAGAUGCAACAGAAGCAAAACGACCAACUCGUUUAAGCGAUUCUUCUGAACGAAAAGUGUUAAAGUCGCCAGCUAUGAACACGAGACCGAAAUCUGCGUUGAUUCCUGCAGCCUUUCUUGUCGAAGAAAACAACCCAUCUCUACUUACAGCUACACCAAAGCAAUCUAAAAGCCCAUUAGCCACGCCUGUACCUCUACGAGCUACCACUGAAAAGCACGCCUCUGAGGAGAAUUCAUUAAACGCCAUCGGUACCCAGCCCUCAUCCUUUUUAUGGGGCCCUACUGAUGGACCCAGGUCUCGUCCGCGGUCCUUUGCCAUGGUGACGUCACCGGACAGGCUUUCGCCGACAGGAAGUGACGUCACGAUUCCGAGUUUGGCACGGACGCUAUUUGCAUGCGAGGCCGAACGCGAUGGGGAAUUGUCCUUCCAGCCUGGUAUGCUGAUCAAGCAGUUACAACCGACGGACGAACCUGGAUGGUUACGUGGUGUGCUAAAUGGUGAAGAGGGUUUGGUGCCUGAGAACUACGUUGAGUUUAUUUGACACAUUAAAGGCAUGUAUCCUGCUAAAAGCCAACAAUUCUUCCUUUUGCUUGGCGUACAAGCCAUAAGGACAUAUUGCGCCACUGAAACUGACUUUUUUAGUUCGUCUAGUCAACACUGAGAUUGGGAGUGGAAAUUUUUUGUGCAUCACUGAGUUACCUAGAUAUUUUCGUCCGCCGAUAACUUAUGCAUUUUUUAGAGCCCCGAUUAGCAAACAAGUUUCAUUAUAAUAUCUUCUAAAUGCGUGAGCCCGUGAAGUGAACCCUGACACAGGGAAACAAGUUUUUUAAUUUCACCUCCGCUGUUAUCUUAAGUUUUUUUUAUUAGUGUCCAGAUUUUUUCAAAUAUCUGUUUGUGGAAAAAACACGAUAAGUAUCAGAUACCCAACGCUGGGCGUUGUAAAAUCUGUUUUUUUUUUCACCCUAGAAAACAUAAGUUUUUUCGUUAUUUUUCCAUCAUGGCAUUUUAUCAUUUUAGCUUUUUCCACACACACCCGUACACAUGGCCCAUAUCUAAAAGCCAAGAACAAGCACUUUAUAUCUACCGUGCAAUUUGUACGUAGCAAUAACCACCUGUAAUAAAAGUUUCUAUUUAAAUCCCCAUGCUGGCUGCUACACCAGUAACUGUAACAACAAUCGACUGACACCUCUGUCUUUAAAAACCAAGUUAUAUUCCGAUCAAAAACUAAUUUGUUCACUAGUGUUCUAUACAACAACACAGUUUUAACUACAUCUGCACUAACAGUGCUAGUGUUAAGAGAUACAUUUACAUUAACUAAGCCAAGUAUUUACAUUUUUGUAGUUUUACACUUGUCUUCAAAUGGUGUCGCGUGUAUUCCUAAUCUCCAUAAUUUUCCUUUUAAGCUCGUUUUCUUCGUUACUUACCCGUUUUUUCUUGCUGAAUCAUGUUUGCUUUGAUGACUUGCAGUAUUUAAAGUCUCAGUUCAUUAAAUAAAGAAAUAUUCUUUCAUUUAAA